GCGAGAUCUCGCAAUACUUUAUUUAUUUAUUUUUAAUGGUCGUUGACUUGCUUCCGGGUCAUCGUACGUGCUUCCGGGUCAUCGUACGUGUAAACGCAGACAACAGUUAUGGAGCGUGUUCAACCGUUCGUGAGUUUAAUAGAAUUUUACUUUGAAAUCGGCUUGAAAUACAAAGACAUUAAAUCUGUUCUUGAUGUUAAGUACGGUUUCCAAAUAAGUGAAAGACAUUUGAAGCGAGUGCUGAACCAAAGAGGACUAUUUCGUCGGAAAACGUUCAAUGACUUGGCAGUCCUGGUUGACUUCAUUCGCAACCAAUUGCAGCAUUCCGGACAACUACACGGUUACAGGUGGAUGUACAGUAAGUGCAGAGAAUAUGGACUUCUUGUCAGGAAAGAGGACGUUCGUCUGGUCCUGAAAGAGUUGGAUCCGAGAGGAGUGUCGUUAAGGCAAGCAAGACGUUUGAGACGGCGAAACUACUUCUCCAAAGGGCCCAAUUUUAUAUGGCACAUGGACUCCUAUGACAAACUGAAACCAUUUGGAAUUUGUAUCAAUGGGGCUAUUGAUGGUUUUUCAAGGAAAAUAAUGUGGCUCAAUGCCUACAUAACUAGUAGUGACCCGAAGUUGAUUGGGGGUUACUACAUCGACGUUGUGCACCGUUUGGGGGGUUGUCCUCGAAUCGUUCGAGCUGAUCUUGGGACUGAAAAUGGUCACGUCAAAGGCUUUCAGCGUUUCCUCGUGCCAAUACCGCCAGGCAGCACUCUUGACAGUUACUUGGAUGGAGCCAGCACCGCCAAUCAAAGAAUUGAAUAUUGGUGGCGGUUUCUUCGCAGCCAGUGCAUGGAGUUCUGGUUAUCCCUCUUCACAGACCUCAGAGACAAUGGCUUCUUUGAUGGUGGAUUUCUGGACAAAAACAUCCUACAAUUUUGUUGCAUGGGACUUAUUCAGGAUGAGUUGGAUGACACGGCCUUAGUUUGGAACAGCCAUCUCAUCAGGCCCUCAAAGAACAUGAAUGUCCCCAGUGGUCGGCCCAACGUGAUGUAUACGUUACCUGAACUUUAUGGUACAACGGACUUCCUCUCCCCGGUUGACAAUGAACAAGUUCAACUGUGCAAAAGCCAGUGUGUGUUUCGUUUGACCAUGCCUUGUGAUCCAGAUGUAUUUGCAUUGUGUGCUUUUUUAAUGGCCCAGUCCGAUCUAAUGCCACCAAAAGAUCCAUUUCAGGCUGUGAACUUGUAUUUACACCUCAGAGAGGCCCUCACCGCUACUCUUUAAGAUAAGAAAACCUUUAUUAGACUCGCAAUGGAGAAAUUCCUAAUUCACAGCAGCAAAUUUAUGAAAGGAAGAAUAUAAAAUAUACAAAAUAUAGGAGCUGCUGGAAAGGCGGCCACUCUCACGGCUGCUGGAAAGGCAGCCACUCUCACUGCGCCAUUUUGAAGUCAAAAUAACACAACACAUAGGACAGACAGCCGUGCAAUCUUCACCAAUUUUCUGCAUACACUUUAUAAAUUACAGCAAUCUGUGUAUUGCUUGGUGUUUGGACCAAACUAUAUUACGGCUCCUCAACUGGUGUGAGAAGUAACAUUUACUGAAGCCUGAAUUUGACCAUUGUCAUUUCUUUUAUCACUUCACCUUCAAAGGAUAAUUGAAACACUUUUGAUGACAAAUAAUAUAUACCCAUCAUAAUUAAAAGCAUUGUUGAUCUGCUGUUUUUCUACCUGUACAGUAUAAGGACAACAUAUAUUAUCUACAAUAUAAAAUGUUUGUCUGUCAAAGCAUUAUCGGUGUAAAUAAACAUUCUUUCUUGGU